UGUCUGUCUCUCUGGUUGUCGGGGUCAGAGCGAGGGAGUCCUCCGUGGACUCGGGAGUUUUGCGGCUGGCGGCGUUUUCCUACGAUGCUCUGCGGCGUGUGUUUGGGCGCGCACGUGAGCGCGCACGUGAGUGUGUGCCGUCGCAACAGGAGCUCCACGCCAUCCUGCUGCUUCAGGACAUGAACACACACAUUUACUGCCACGGGGGAGGAGUCUGCAAGAUCAGUAUCAACUCACACACCACUGCAGGAGAGGUGGUCCAGAAGCUGCUGAGAGGUCUACAGAUGGAGAACUGCAGGAAUGUGUUCUCCUUGUUCGAGGUCAGCGGCCAGGCAGAACGAGCACUGGACAACAGAACCACAGUCGCAGAUGUUCUGGCCAAGUUUGAGAGACGGGCAGCAGAGGGCGCUGGUGUUCAUCCAGAGGGGCGUCUCUACUUCAAGCUCUACUGCCACUUAGAGACACACACACACACUCUCUCACACACACACACAAACACACACACACACCCUCUCUCUCACACACACACAAACACACACACACACAGUGAGGGAGAGUCAUCGGAUGUGCAUCCAGACAGCAUGGAGUUUGCCUUCAUGUUCGAACAGGCUCAUGAGGCGGUCAUUCGAGGGCGAUAUCCUGCCCCUGUGGAGACGCUGCAAAUCCUAGCAGCUCUGCGACUCCAGUACCUCCUUGGAGACUACAACUCCCAGAGUGCCUUGCCCGACCUGGAGCAGCUGUUUCCUGUCAGUCGCCUGCGGAGUCGCCUGCACGCCUGCACCUCCCUCUCCCGCAGUAACUCCGCCUCCAGGAAGCGCUCCUCCUUCUUGGAAGGAACGCUGAGGCGCAGCCUGAGGGGGCGGGGCAAAACCCAAGAGUCACAGGAAGAGGCGUGGCUUGAACAGGAAGUAGGCAUGUUGCGAGGGAGUCUGCAAGAGAAGUGGGCGCGGCUGGAGGGGAUGAGCCAGCAGGCGGCCAUCUUGAAAUACAUGAGCAUCAUCAGAGAGUGGCAAGGAUAUGGAUGCAGUCUAUUUAACGUGCAGUGUGCUGAUGAAGUGUAUCCUGAAGAUCUGUGGUUGGCUGUGGGUCAGGAGAAUGUGGGCGUGUACAAGCGUGGGGAGGCGUGGCCUCUGGAGGUCUUGUCCUAUGAGCUGAUCUUGUCCUUUGGAGCUCCGCACGCAGACACCCUCUGCAUCAGUGUGGAAGAGCGCCACCUACUGUUUCACACAGAGCAGGUGGUGGACAUCGCGAGGCUCAUGAAGACGUACAUCAGUCUCAUUGUGAAGAAGCGUGUCAGCACUUGUCAGUCAAUCGGUGACCAUGGCAACCAGUGGUGAACAUUCACUAUGCACCCUUCAGAUAGACUUCUGUAUGUGUGUGUGUGUGUG